AUGGACGUGGUCAUCCAGCACCCCGGGCUGCGGCGCGUGUGGGGCCCGGUGCCCCCUGGCCAGCUGCUGGAGCUGCUGGGGCCUCGGGACGAGCCCCUCCCCUGGGCCCUGCUCCGCCUGGCGCUGCUCUCCGGCAUGUCCGAGGUGCGGAGCGAGCCGGGCCGGUUCUCCAUGUCCCUGGACGUGCGGCACUUCCUCCCCGAGGAGCUGGCCGUGCGGGUGUGGGGAGGCUUCCUGGAGAUCCAGGGGCGCCACGGAGAGAGGCAGGACGCCCACGGCUGCAUUUCCAGAGAGUUCCGCCGCCGCUACCAGCUGCCCCCGGAUGUGGACCAGACAGCCCUGACCUGCUCCCUGGCCCCCGACGGGACGCUGACCUGCUCAGGGCCCAAGGUGCCCAGUGAGGCCGCGGGCACCGUCCUGGGGCCGGCCCCUGCGUGGCAGGAGACGCCCAGCCCCACGCCCUGA